GUUUUUUGUUUUGCAUUCAAAAUUGAUGUAUUAAGGUCUGAUUCAAUUUUUUUCAAGCUUAUAGCAUCAGGUCCGAAUCCGAUUCAAAAUUUUGUAGUGUUUUUUUGAAAGUAAAUUGAUUUCUGAUGCCAAGUUUUCUUGAAGUUAAUUUUAGUCCUUACUUUUUUAUCUGAGUUUAGAACUACUUAGUUAUUCACUCAAGGUGCUUGUGUGAUCAUUUGAAAUUUGGAGUGUGGGCAUCUUGAAUUUUGUUAGCUUGUCUUAUAAUUUUUUUACCAUUAUCUGAACUCAGUCGAUCACCUCACCAAGUUCAACAACAUUCCAUGUUGUGAUAUAUACAUUUUCUUUUUUAAAAACAUUGUCUUCAUUUUCAUAUUUAUAAAAGAAAAAAACUAUAUGAAAUUUUGGUAAUUUUGUGCUAGAUGGAAUCAGAUCAGAAAAAUAUGAAGAUUGUUAAUCAUUAAUUAUUAAUGUUUUAAAUCGCAUAGAAAGAACAAGUGUUGUUAGUGUGCUCCCAUUGUUCAAGCUCGAGUUCCCUUGUGAAACCAAUUUUAUUCUUUCAAUAAUCAAGUGAGCUCCUUUUUUCGAAACUCAAAUACUUCUAUUUAUCUUAUUAAUUUCCAGUUACUGACCAUUUUUUCUUCACAUAAAAAGAUUGAUAGAUGGAUCAAGGGAGGCAGGUAUUCACAGUGGACCUUCUUGAACGAUAUGCUGCAAAAGGGCGUGGAGUUAUCACUUGCAUGGCUGCUGGAAAUGAUGUCAUUGUGAUUGGAACCAGCAGAGGAUGGGUCGUCAGGCAUGAUUUUGGGGUUGGCAAUUCAAAUGAGAUUGAUCUCUCCGUGGGUCGUCCUGGGGACCAGUCAAUCCAUAGGGUUUUUGUUGAUCCUGGAGGGAGUCACUGUAUUGCCACUGUAGUUGGUCCUGGAGGAGCUGAAACUUUCUAUACUCAUGCCAAAUGGACCAAGCCACGAAUUUUGAGCAAGCUGAAAGGUCUUGUUGUAAAUGCCGUUGCAUGGAACAAGCAGCAGAUAACUGAAGUUUCCACAAAGGAAGUCAUUCUUGGGACAGAAAAUGGUCAACUUCAUGAGUUGGCUGUGGAUGAGAAGGACAAGAAAGAGAAGUAUAUCAAGUUUCUCUUUGAAUUAACAGAACUUCAAGAAGCUUUUAUGGGUUUGCAGAUGGAAACAGCUAGCAUGAUAAAUGGGACUAGAUACUAUGUGAUGGCUGUUACUCCUACUCGGCUUUACUCUUUCACUGGAAGUUAUUUAGAUCGUACGGUGCAUUUUAUGGAACUUCCUGGUGACAUAGCAAACAGUGAGUUGCAUUUUUUCAUCAAGCAACGAAGAGCUGUACAUUUUGCAUGGCUUUCUGGUGCUGGUAUGUACCAUGGUGGCUUAAAUUUUGGAGGACAACAAAGCUCUUCAAGUGGAAAUGAAAAUUUUAUUGAGAAUAAGGCUCUUUUGGACUACUCCAAAUUGUCUGAAGGAGCUGAAGUAGUUAAACCAAGUUCAAUGGCUUUGUCUGAAUUCCAUUUCUUGUUGCUUUUAGGGAAUAAGGUCAAGGUUGUAAACAGAAUUAGCGAGAAGAUCAUUGAGGAACUUCAGUUUGAUCAAACUUCUGAUUCAGCCUCUAAGGGUAUUAUAGGAUUGUGUAGUGAUGCCACGGCUGGUUUGUUUUAUGCAUAUGAUCAAAACUCCAUCUUUCAGGUGUCUAUCAAUGAUGAAGGCCAAGAUAUGUGGAAAGUAUAUCUUGACAUGAAUGAAUAUGCUGCUGCUUUAGCAAACUGCCGUGACCCUUUUCAAAGGGACCAAGUAUAUUUAGUCCAGGCUGAAGCUGCGUUUUCUUUUAAAGAUUAUUUAAGAGCUGCUUCUUUCUAUGCCAAAAUCAAUUAUAUUUUAUCAUUUGAAGAGGUCACUUUGAAGUUCAUUAGUAUUGGUGAACAGGAUGCUUUGAGAACUUUCGUACUGCGGAAGCUUGAUAAUUUAGAAAAGAGUGACAAAUGUCAAAUAACAAUGAUAUCCACCUGGACAACUGAAUUAUACUUGGAUAAGAUAAAUCGACUGCUCUUGGAAGAUGACUUUGCAUCAGAGAAUAACAAUUUAGAGUACCAAUCAAUUAUUAAAGAGUUUUGUACUUUUCUCAGUGACAACAAAGAUGUAUUGGAUGAAACGACUACAAUGAAACUUUUAGAAAGUUAUGGAAGGGUUGAAGAAUUGGUAUAUUUUGCUAGCUUAAAAGGGCAGUAUGAGAUUGUAGUUCACCAUUACAUUCAGCAAGGAGAAGCAAAAAAAGCAUUGGAAGUGCUUCAGAAACCUUCUGUGCCUAUAGAUCUUCAGUAUAAGUUUGCUCCAGACCUUGUUGCCCUUGAUGCAUAUGAAACUGUUGAAUCGUGGAUGACUACAAAGAAUCUGAACCCAAGGAAACUGAUUCCUGCAAUGAUGCGUUAUUCAAGUGAACCACAUGCAAAGAAUGAGACACACGAAGUCAUUAAAUAUCUUGAAUAUUGUGUUCAUCGAUUACAUAAUGAAAAUCCUGGAAUUCAUAACCUGCUACUUUCUUUAUAUGCAAAACAGGAAGAUGAUAGUUCACUUCUACGUUUCCUACAAAGCAAAUUUGGGAAAGGACCAGAAAAUGGUCCUGAGUUCUUCUACGAUCCUAAAUACGCCUUGCGUCUUUGCCUCAAGGAAAAACGAAUGCGUGCAUGUGUUCAUAUAUACAGUAUGAUGUCAAUGCAUGAAGAAGCAGUUGCUCUUGCCUUACAGAUUGAUUCAGAGCUUGCUAUGGCCGAAGCUGAUAAGGUUGAAGAUGAUGAGGAUUUGAGAAAGAAGCUUUGGCUCAUGAUUGCCAAGCAUGUUGUUGAACAAGAAAAAGGAACUAAGAGGGAAAACAUAAGGAAGGCAAUUGCAUUUCUUAAAGAAACUGAUGGCCUGCUAAAGAUAGAGGAUAUAUUACCAUUCUUUCCAGAUUUUGCCCUGAUUGACGACUUCAAGGAGGCUAUCUGCUCAUCAUUGGAGGAUUACAAUAAGCAAAUUGAACAGCUGAAGGAAGAGAUGAAUGAUGCAACCCAUGGUGCUGACAACAUCAGAAAUGAUAUCAGUGCACUUGCUCAAAGAUGCACUAUUAUUGAUCGAGAUGAGGAGUGUGGGGUUUGUCAACGAAAAAUUUUAACAGCUGGCAGGGAAUUUGGCACGGGCCGUGGCUAUACAUUAGUAGGCCAAAUGGCACCUUUUUAUAUCUUUCCAUGUGGACAUGCCUUCCAUGCAGAAUGCCUGAUUGUCCAUGUGACUCGCUGUACAGUUGAGACCCAUGCUGAGUAUAUACUGGAUCUGCAGAAGCAACUUUCUUUGAUGGGCAGUGAAGCAAGGAGAGAAUCCAAUGGUACCCUUUCUCCAGAGGAGUCCAUUCCUAGCAUGACCACUAUAGACAAGCUCCGAUCACAACUGGAUGAUGCUAUAGCUAGUGAAUGCCCAUUUUGUGGUGACCUGAUGAUCCGUAAGAUUUUUUUGCCUUUCAUCAAUCCUGAGGAAGAGCAGCAUGUGCUAUCAUGGGAGAUAAAACCAAGCUCUGGAAGCCAGAGAAAUAGUAUCUCGUUACCUGCAUCUGCAUGAGUUGUAAUAUGCUUGCCUUGUGUGAAUAACGUUGCUUUGUAGUAUAGGACACUAUUGAUUGUCCAAGUUCCUUGCUAGUUGCAAUAUGUUGUUUGGUUAUGAAUGCCUGAAUCCAUAUUCUUGUUUAAUGUACUUUCUGUUCCUUUUUGUGAUGCCAUUGGCUCUAAUUUUCUGAUUGCCAAAGGAAAUUGUUACACCCCAAUACGCACCACAAAUCCUGUACCUUGUUGUAACUUACGGUUGUCUAUUUUUGUUACUAGAAGGUUUUGAAAGUUCUUUUC